GGGAUUCCUGCAGACGCAGAACUCUUCAGCCAGAUCGGUGGCACCAACGGGUCGCAGGUAGCGGCAUCUCGGGCGCUCUCUCGCAAGCGGCGCUUCUUCGCCCCGCUCCCAGCUGGCGCUGCUUUCAUCCUCACGCCCAAGUUUACUAUGCCGCUGCCCGGUCUGGCUCCCGGAGGCUCCCUCCUCAACGUGGAGGUGCCGCUGAGCUUCGCCCUGCCGACGGCCGAGGCCGACUCGGCGGCCAGGUACAAGACGACUGACGACGCGACCGACUCGUACACCUACUACCGCAGCCUGGACGAAGAGAAGGCCGACAUGUACUCGUACGCCGAGAACUUCAUUUCACAGUUCGGACUGGACGGCAAGAGCUGCGUGCUGCGCACCAUCUGCGAGGUGGCUGAGGCGCCCGUGCAGGACGCCGGCGUGAUGGGAGAGAUCAUCAACACCGUGCUCAGGACGACGGUGGAGCCGACGGAGGGAGAGCGGAUGCAGGAGUACCGGAAGGCUGAGGAGAGGGGCAAGGCGGUGGGGCGCUGUGACGAGUACUACGCUACCUGCCCGGUCAGCGUGUUUAAGCUGAUGUGAGCCGGCAAGAACGUCACAAUGCUCCUGCUAGUGUAAUGUGCACUCCCGCAACCAUAUCCGCCCUACGAGAGGCCCCCGCUUGAAUGGGGCGCGAGCGUGGUGGAAUUAUGAGGACAAUGCUCGGCAUGUGUAAGCUGAGGUAUUCUCCCAGCUAAAGCGGUGGAGCAAAGGUUCUCAGCUGGCGCUUUGAACAGCCGACCGAUGACCGGUAUGUUUACUGCCAGUGUGUUCAUUGCCAGCACGUUCUCAUGUCGUAAGGCUGUCGUUACGAGGCGGAAUGUUAUUUUUAUCCCGUCGUGUUCAUUGUUGAAGGAGUUCUGGAUUUCAAAGGGGCAUGGUGUUUGGGGGUUGAGUGCGAUUGCUUUAGAUAUUAGCGAAGCAGAACAAGAAUUAGUUUUGGGUCAGUUUUGGGUCAUUUCAUUAAAGACAGCUUCUUUUUCUCCACUAAUUCAAUGCUUGCUGAAAUGCAAAACCAUUUGAACAAAGUUUCAGCAUUGUGCGUGGUUGAGCUCUUCGCGUAUUUACCAAUAUGUUGGCUGAAAAUUGAUCCGUGGACUGGACUGAUCGAAAUUGGAAACCUCCUUGACGACCACAGUUAGAAUUACAUCGGUUUUUCGAUGACAUUAAAUAACAUUGGUUUAUCAACAUUGUUAUGUUCACCUGGUUUCUAUUUUAUUGCAAUAAAGGCCUCAGCUGCAGCGGACGUGAGACUUUGCAUGCAUUCUACAAAUGCAGUCGGUGGUAAAGUGGGCUGAUGUCCUUAGACAUAUACCAAAAAGCGUAUUUCCUGGUUGAACGGAUAUUGAAGUAGCGUACUGCACAGACACAUGGUUGCUGAAGGUAGAAAAUAAUAAAGAGCUCUAGCGUAUGGUACAUCAUGUUUUCUCUGUGUAUGUGCAACUAUCAAUACGUUCCUCGAUAAUCGUUAUUGAAGUCCUUAUCUGAGAAGAUGCAGUGCGUUAGUGUUGUGAUGUCCAUAGUGUUGUA